AUGAAAGAGAGUCCAAUCCCCAUCCAAGUCACACCUGACAUUGAAUUUCUUGCAGGGUACUGCCAGCAUGGCCGGAGCACCAUGAAAGAGAGUCCAAACCCCAUCCAAGUCACACCUCUGACAUUGAAUUUCUUGCAGGGUUCUGCCAGUGAGUCACCACAAUUUGAUACUUCAGGUUGCUCAAGAUUCAAGAUUGACCUUUCCAAACUAAGAAGCAUCUUGUCAAUGGACUUACCAACAUAUGACACUUACAAGCUUCAACCAACAGACAAAGAGUGUACCUUAAUACUGAAGAAGGAGAUGGACAUGGAGAAGCUGAAGAUUGGAGAGAGAGAAUUCUACCAAGAUCGUGGGUAUUAUGCUCAAAUACAAUUAGCCAUGUGGAUUUUGGAUGCCCCUGUAUCAUGCCUUAUGGUGAAGUCAGACGUUGACCAUGAGGUCAUCUUCGUAAAUAGUGAUGAAAACUAUUUGGCAAAUGUCAUUCCUAAAUGUCGAAAUUUCUAUUUCCAAUAUUACCUUCCAGCUUUAUUCAGUUCUAGUCAAGAGUCUUGA